AUGUUUUUUUAAAUUAUAAUAUAAUACGGGAAAUUUACGGGAAAAUACUAAUACGGGAGGACGGCGGGAAAGAGGGGUAAAAUACGGUAGUUUCCUGGCCAAAACGGGAGACUUGACAGUUGGUCUGAUUACUUUAUUCUGGGGAGCAGUAAGUAGGAUUUUAAGUGUUCGUUAUGGCGGUUGUGAACGAAGGGGCGCUUAAGAAGAUGCUUAAGCAAUAUAAGUAUCGAGACCUCACUGUUCGUGAAAUCACAAAUGUCAUAAUGCAAUAUAAAGACCUCAAACCACUGAUGGAUGCUUAUGUGUUCAAUGAUGGAUCAACAAGAGAGCUAAUGAGUUUAACAGGGACAGUCCCAGUAAGCUAUAGAGGAAAUGUGUACAAUAUCCCUGUGUGUCUUUGGCUGUUAGACACGUAUCCCUACAAUCCUCCUAUCUGUUUUGUAAAGCCGACAAGUGCGAUGAUGAUCAAGACUGGAAAACAUAUUGAUGCCAACGGCAAGAUCUACUUGCCCUACCUGCAUGAAUGGAAGCAUCCUCAGUCAGAUCUGUAUGGCCUAAUACAGGUGAUGAUUGUUGUUUUUGGCGAAGAGCCUCCAGUAUUCUCCCGGCCUACAACUCAACCCCCAUACCAGGCCUUCCAGGCCACUGGCCCACCAAAUCAGUCCUAUAUGCCUGGCAUGCCUGCAGUUUCAGCUUAUGGACCAAACCCAAAUCCAUGUGGUUACCCAGGCUAUUCUUAUCCUGGAGGAGCUACAUAUCCUUCCACAGGAGGUCCUACACAUUACCCUUCUCAGCCUCCAGUCACCACUGUGGGUCCAAGUCGUGAUGCCACCAUUGGGGAAGACACAAUCCGAGCAUCACUUAUCUCAGCGGUAAGUGAUAAGCUACGCUGGAGGAUGAAGGAGGAGAUGGAUCGAGCACAGGCAGAGCUGGAUGCACUUAAACGCACCGAGGAGGAUCUGAAGAAAGGCCACCAAAAGCUGGAGGAGAUGGUAUCUCGGCUAGAUCAAGAAGUGUCUGAGGUGGACAGAAAUAUUGAGCUCCUCAAGAAGAAAGAUGAAGAACUCACCGAGGCUCUUGAGAAGAUGGAAAAUCAGUCGGAGAACAAUGACAUUGAUGACAUUAUUGUCCCCACAGCACCACUAUAUAAGCAGAUCCUAAACUUGUACGCAGAGGAGAAUGCCAUCGAGGACACCAUCUUUUACCUCGGAGAGGCUCUCCGCCGAGGUGUCAUCGAUCUAGAGGUCUUUCUUAAGCAUGUGCGCCUGCUCUCCCGGAAACAGUUCCAGCUGCGGGCGCUUAUGCAGAAAGCUCGGAAGACCGCCGGACUCAGUGACCUCUACUGACCCAGCUGAGAUCAGAGCUAAAUUCUGUCUUUUCUUUUUCUUCAUUCCCUUUCCCCUUUCCUCUGUCAAUAUCUGUGAUUCUUAGCAACACCACUCAUUAAAUCAGACUGUUUUUCUUCCUAUUGGGUCACUCUGGGGAAGCACAAUCUGAUCUGUAAUAAGGAAAGAUCUGCUAUAAUAAGACUCAGCAGACUGGAAAAAAGACUGCAGCUUUAAAUCUAUGCUUAUGGGUUUCUGGUUCUUCUGCAUAAUUCAUAACUUAUUUCAAAUGAUAGGAAAAUACAGUGUAUAAAGUAUGUCUCUUAAAUCAGUUUUAUUUUUUUGUUUUAUUUUGUCUUAGGGGGUGAUUUCCCUCAUCUUUUCACACUCCAAAAAUGUAUUUAUUUGGUUAUGGGCUGAAUCUUUUUUUUUUUUUUUUUUUUUUGGGAUAGUCCCUCUUAUCAUUUCUCACAAAGCCUGAUCUGAUCAACGAGAGCCGGAUCACCACACACCCCCUCCAACAUGUGGGAACUCCACCAGUGUUGGGUUCUUAUUCACAGCCAUAUUGUGUACGGGGAGCCUUGCUAAGCACCAUGUGACCCCCCUUCCUUCCUCGCACAGGCUCCCGGACCAAUCCCAUAGAUUGCAAAUCGCAGAAGGAAAAGACCCCAUCCGACUUUCCCUCCCUCAAACGCAGUCAAUUGUGUUUGUGUGGACGCCCAGCCAGAGCGAGGGAUCUGCUGAUAUUCUUACAUUAAGCAGUGGUGUGCUAGCGUGUUAGACUACUGCUCCACCCUAGUGUUUAUUGGCAGAAGUUUUAGGCAGGACAGGACAGAACAAGCCGCAUAAUGUGGUGUUGAUUUGUGUGUUUCAGUUCUUUUAUUGAUUUAGACUAUAAACGUGUUUCCUCUUUGCUGCUAAUAUCACAGCUGAUGGUGAUGCAACUGUUAGUCAGGUGGCUGGUUUUAAAACAAACAUGCUAAAGCAUUUGACCUACUACCCUCAGUUUUAUUUACUGGUUUUUAAUGUAUGUACAGUAGGUUUGUGUGAGUGCAUGUCUGUUUAGCUCUGCCGUUAUUGCUACUUUUUAUGCUUUUAAAUAAAAAUUAACGAGAUAUUUUGUUCAAAUAGUUUGAAUAACAUACGAGGUUCUUGUUAAAUCUUGUUUAUUAUUAUUAUGCACUUUGAAUGUUAAUUAUGAAAGGAUCUUUAUUACAGACAGCAUCCAUUUACCUAAUUGAUUCCCUGUUGUUUUAUUUGUGUAGUCUUUAAUUUUAGCACCUCAAUUAAAAAGGAUUUGUUUGAUAUUUCAGUGUAAACCAAUUCUCUUUCUCCUGGAAAAUUUCAGGCACAAAUAAGGUAUAGAACAUUUUUAUUCAUCAUAAAUACACAUAUGCAUGUAUAGUACAAUUAAAUGUUUUUUCUGCAUAUCCCAGCUUGUUUGGAUGCUGGGUUAGGGGUUUGCUCAAGGGCCCAACAGUGGCUGCUUGGCAGAGAUGGGAUUUUAACAUACACCCACAACUUUUUUACUCACCCACUGAGUCAUCAUGUUUACUAAUAAACACCUAAAUUUUAUUUGAGAAA